AUGUAUCAACAUAAGUAUACAUUGGAUUUGUUAGCUGAGUUUGGAUUGAAUGAUGCGAAGCCGAUCUCUACGCCUAUGGAUUACAUGGUAAAGCUCUCCAAAACUUCAAGUACUCAUUUGGGAGAUGUCUCUAGCCAUAUAAUAUUAAUUGGCCGAUUGAUGUACUUGACAAACACACGUCCAGAUAUUUGCUUCCUUGUGAGUACGGUUAGCCAAUACUUGGACUAUGCUAGAGACACUCAUUUUAAGGCUGCACUACAUGUGUUUAGGCACCUCAAAGGUGCACCAGCAAAGGGGGUUCUAUUUUUUGCCUUCGCAGACCUCAACCUGACAGCUUUUUCGGACUCGGAUUGGGGAGCUUCUCCGGAUACUCGUCGAUCUGUUUUUGGUUUUUACUACUUCUUAGGCAAGUUCUUGAUUUCGUGGAGAUAG